AUGAAGCAAAAUUUAGAUGAUAAUAAAGAAGUUGCUAAAAGACGAUUUUUCCAUUUGAAAAAUAAAUUGCUGAGGAAUAAUUCCUUACAUCAUGAUUAUGAAUUGAUAUUGAAGAAUUAUUUGGCUGAAAAUAUUAUCGAAUUUGUAGAUGAGCAGGAUAUUAUAACUGAUAAUCCAAUAUUUUAUUUACCACAUAGAUGUGUUGUGCGAGAAGAUAAAACAACCAAUAGAUUAAGAAUAGUUUUUGACGCAUCGUCGCAUGCCCCAGGAGAGAUUUCUCUUAACGAUUGCUUAGAGUCCGGAACAAAUUUGAAUCCGGAUAUUUUCGAACUUUUGAUUCGCUUCCGGAAUUUCCCUAUUGGAUUUAUCAGUGAUAUAAAACAAGCAUUUUUGCAAAUUCAAAUCUGUGAGGAAGACAGAGAUGUUAGUCGGUUCGAAAAUAUUUUGAAGACUCUGAAAUUUACAAGAGUUCUUUUCGGUUUAAAUUCGAGCCCGUUCCUUUUCGCCGGAACAAUUAAAUAUCACAUUUCUAAAUACGAGCAGACACACCCUGAAGCUUACAAAUUAUUGAAUGAAUGCCUAUAUGUAGAUGAUCUCAUAGGAGGUCACGAAGACGUUGAAGGAGCGCUUCAAGUCAGUAUGGAAUAA